GACUCUUUCACUUUCUGCCCUCAGCCCCUGCUCCAUCUCUCCUGCCGUUAGGUAUCAUGGAUAUCUCAGAAUGCCAGUCUAUCCAGAGAGAGGAAUGGGAAGUCUUGGAGUCCAUCUAUCCUGAAUGCGUUUCCAGCAACAUGUGCGAUAGUUCAGUAAAGCUUGAGGUCCCCGUAGAGUUCAGUGAAUCUCGCACUGUCUCUAUCUUCAAUGAUGGUCUCUCGCAGUCUCUUUCUCUGGCUGUAUUACCACCACUUUUGCUACAUAUCGUUUUGCCUUCGGCUUACCCCCUCCACGACCCCCCACAACUUGUAUCGAUACACGCUACACAUCUAUGGAUGCCCCUGUUAUCUAAGCUUCAGAGUGUCCUCUCUCAUAUGUGGCAGCCCGGCGAGACUGUAUUAUAUAACUGGAUAGAAUUCAUUCGUGGUGGAGAGUUCUUGGACUCCGUAGAUCUUAUAUCCGACACGGAUCCCACAGUAAUCAACAUCCCUCAUCCAGCCCCUCAACUUCUGUCGCCUUUACUGGUUGCCUAUGAAAUGUCCUCAAAAUCUACCCAAUUUGCACAAAACUCGUACCCGUGUUCCAUUUGUCUAAAUUCUCAUAAAGGCUCCAAGUGUUUGCAGCUAACAUGCGGUCAUGUCUUCUGUCGGCCAUGUCUUGAAGACUUUUGGCAGAUAUGUGUGAGAGAGGGAGAGGUGUCCAGAGUGGGCUGUCCUGACCCGCGAUGUGUCAAGGCUGGCAGAGAAGCAAAUGAGGAGGAAGUAGCACGUAUCUUAACGCCAGAAGAGAUACAGCGAUGGCGCUGGCUGAGGGAAAAGUGUGCGCUUGAGAAAGACCCUACUAUCACGCAUUGCCCGAUGACCUUUUGUCAGUCGCCCGUCCCUAAACAGGCUACUAACGAUGAAGAAUCCGGCUGGGACCGUUUGAGAAUAUGUCCGUCAUGUUCAUACUCAUUUUGUUCGUUUUGCAAGCAUGCAUGGCACGGCCCUCUAUCGCCAUGCAUGGCCUCUGCGUCGAGUGAAAUCGUCAAAGAGUAUCUGGCGCUGGCUGAAGACUCGCCCGAACGUGCAUUGCUUCUCAGGAGGUACGGUAGGGCCAAUGUUCUCAAGCUCGUCAAUGCAUACCACGAAGAGCAACUAAAUCAGCAAUGGCUCGAAUCAAGUACGAUGGCAUGCCCUGGAUGCGAGGUGCACGUGGAGAAAGCCAUGGGCUGCAAUCAUAUGACAUGUGCUAAAUGCCGGAUGCACUUUUGUUACCGAUGUGGCGAAAAGCUGAACGGAUCGAACCCAUAUGUGCAUUUUUCGACACGCGGCAGGCGAUGCUACAAUAAGCUGUUCGACUUUAACAGUAUGGAUGACGAAGAAUGGAUCCACGACCUAGAUGGACUAUGAAUGGAAUACGGAACUCGAGUAUUGUAGACUAGACACGCUGGAGAGAUGUCUCGGAAGUGGCCUCAUCGAGGCGAGACGGAGGUCAUAAUAAUUUAUUACGUCGAGAAAGUUUGAGCGGGAAAGCAGAAGCCGGAAGAGGCAACUUGAGGGCGGAAUGAAAAGGCGGCAAAGAGGCGCCGGGUGAU